CAAGAUCGAUUUCGCUGGAGUUGAGGUGUCCUUUGUUCGUUCAGCUGCCACACCGUUCUCUGAUCCGCCGUCGAUUGUCGGCCACUGACCUACCGUGUGGAGACUACCUUGGCUCUCGUAGCAUAAAUAGGCACGCACGGUGUCUGCCCGUUCUUGCUUCUUGAACAGUUGCAUCUCUUCCUUGCUCGUUCGUUGGCAUCACUCAUUGAGGCUGAUCCACCGGUAACUUCAGAUCCAUUAGCUCAAUGUAUAGAUUUCUUUGAUAGAUCUGUAUAACUUGUAGCGGUAGCGCACCUCAAUUUCCACUGCAAUCUGCUGCCGCUGAGUCGCUGACCAUUGCCACCCUAUCAUCCAACGCCAUCAGGAAUGACUCAAGCUUCUUGACUGUGAGGUUAGUUUUGUUGGUUCUCCAAUGGUGAGCAAUGAGGAGUUGAAGAAAGCUCAGAUUGUUGAGGCUCGUGCGAAGAGCAUUUUCCCUAAUGUUAGGUGCACUGAAUGUGGCAGUCAAUCCAUUGAGGAUUCACAGGCAGAUGUUGCUAUUUUGCUCAGAAAGCUCAUCCGGGAUGGAAUCCGAGAAGGUAAAACUGACAAGGAGGUGUACAAAAGUCUAGCGGAAAGGUUCGGCGAGGAUGUACUUUAUGCUCCUCAUUUCGAUCUACAAACUGCUGCUAUAUGGUUGUCGCCGGUUAUUGUUGCUGGGGUUGCAAUUGGUGGAUGGCCAUAUCGGAGGCGCAGGCAAAAUACCAAUGUCCACGUAAUGGCUCUGAAUCUUGUUCGAGGUGUUCCGUUAACCCCAACAGAGAAGGAAACUAUGCUCGAACUACUAACACCACCGCCAUCUCUGAGAAGAAAGUGGUGGAGUUGAAGGCUUUGGUGUCCUUUCUAUGUUCCUUCACGCUUAGCUAAUCUAAUACUUACAUAGUGGACCUUCAUAAGAAGAGCAAACGAACAAAAUGUUGCAAAAGUUCCAAUUUUGUCACUGUUAUGUCGAAAUGUAUCUAGGUCAUGGAUGUUUAGUUGUCGAUUACUCGUAAGUUGAAUGAGAAGCGAAUGGAAGACUGUAUGUUAA